CAACCUACAAUCGAUGGAUCCUCGUAUAUGGCACAAAGUCGCCGCCGUUUCGGGUAUGGCUGCUCUUGGCUUGGGAACUUAUGGUGCUCAUGUCUUUAAGCCAGAAAACCCUUCUUACAAACAGGUUUGGCAAACGGCUUCUCUUUACCAUUUGGUACACACUGCUGCUCUUGUUUCUGCUCCUAGCACCAAACAUCCCAACAUAUUUGGUGGCUUGUUGACUGCUGGGAUUGUAGCAUUUUCCGGCACGUGUUACAUGGUGGCACUGCGUGAGGACAGGAAGUUUUCUACCUUGGCACCAUUCGGAGGCUUUGCGUUCAUUGCUGCAUGGGCAACUCUACUUUUC